AUUGCCCAAGGCUUUCAGAUUCGAGGCCAUGUGGCUCGAAGAUCCAUCAUGUUUUGACAUUGUCUCUCAGGCCUGGAAUCCCCAGUUAAUGGUUCUCCCCUUUUUCAGAUUCAUUCCAAGAUUAAAAAUGUCAGAUCAGCUCUGAAAAAAUGGAAUCUUUCGCACUUUGGCAAUUGCCAUUCUUCCAUCAAAUUCCUCCAAGAAAAAAAUCAUUCUUUGCAAUCCCUUGAUCACUCUGGUGAAAUUAUUCCAUUGGAGAAUAACCUACAAAUUGAGCUCGAUGAAUGGCUUAAGAGAGCUGAGAUUUUUUGGAGACAAAAGGCAAAAGAAAAAUGGUUAAAAGAGGGUGAUGCUAACAGACACUCUAAAGAAGAUCUCUUCCACUGCCGAAGCUCACUGGACUAGUCAGCUGAAAAGGUCCCUCAACCCCGGCUCAUCUUUUUCCCAGAACUGGACCAAGCCUCCAUUGAAUUGGCUCAAGAUCAAUGCUGAUUCUUCCUUUUUUGAUGGCUCUGCUUCCACUGCUUUUAUUGUUCGCAACCACAAUGGUUCAAUUGUUUUCGCUCAUUCUCUCCAGCAUCAAUGCACGGAUUCUCUUGUGGCAGAAGCUCUUGCUAUUCAUGAAGCUUGUCUUUUUGCUAACCAUUGGAAGAUUGCUAAGGUCAUCUUCGAGUCCGAUUGUCUCAAUGCGGUCCACUUCAUCAACGAUCAUAAUAUGGUCGGACAUUGGUCUUCCAAAGUUAUCAUUGAUGAGAUUCGCAAGUUUUGGCAUCUUUGGCCAAAAUGGAGAUUCAAGUAUUGCCCUCGAAAUGCAAACUUUGCGGCCCACAACUUAGCAUCUUGGGCAUCCGCCUCUAAAUGGAGUGGUUUUAUUUUUGAAAAUCGUAUUCCUAUUUCUUGCUUUUGUGACAUUGGUUAUCCUCUUGUAGACUCUUUGGUUCCUUCUUAAUAUAUUUAUUUUUCUUAUCAAAAAAAAA